CAUCCUCCUCCUCCUCCUCCUCCUCCUCCUCUCUCCGGCGACGAUGCUGUCGGCGACGGCCCACCCCAGCUCUGCCGCCUCCGCCCCGUCCCCGCCCUCAAGCCCCGCCCCCUCACUGCCGCCGCCGCCUCCUCCUCCCCCUCGCCGACCAAUCUCCCCCCCUCCACGCCGCCGCCGCGGCCCUCCCCGCCGCGCUCCCAGAUCCUCACCCUCCGCCGCUCCCUCCUCGCCCGCGAGACCACCGCCGUCCAGCUCGCCGAGUCCUACCUCGCCCGCCUCCGCCUCGUCGAGCCCCGCCUCAACUCCUUCCUCCACGUCUCCGACUCCGUCCUCCGGGAGGCCCAGGCCGUCGACGACAGGAUCGGCCGGGGCGAGGUCGUCGGCCCCCUCGCCGGCGUCCUCGUCGGCGUCAAGGACAACAUCUGCACCGCCGACAUGCCGUCCACGGGAGGCUCCCGCAUCCUGGAGGACUACCGGCCGCCGUUCGACGCGACGGCGGUGAGGAAGGUGCGGGAGCUCGGGGGGAUCGUGGUGGGGAAGACGAAUUUGGAUGAGUUCGGGAUGGGGAGUACCACUGAAGGGUCCGCUUACAAGGUGACUGCAAAUCCUUGGGAUAUAUCUCGAGUUCCAGGAGGAUCCUCAGGAGGCUCAGCUGCUGCUGUUUCUGCUAGGCAGUGUAUGGUGGCCCUUGGAAGUGAUACUGGUGGGAGCGUUAGACAGCCGUCUUCAUUUUGUGGCGUUGUUGGCUUGAAACCAACCUAUGGACGUGUCUCAAGAUAUGGUCUCAUGGCAUAUGCAUCAUCACUUGAUGUCAUUGGGUGCUUUGGCUCAUCAGUUGCUGAUACUGCAAUUCUUCUAAAUGCAAUUUCUGGUCACGAUAGAUAUGAUGCCACCAGCAGCAAGCGAGAGGUUCCGGAUUUUAUUUCUCAAUUCACGGCUUCAAAUACUUUGGAAGACAAACCUCUGGAAGGAAUGCGGGUUGGUCUUAUUUGUGAGACUCUUGGGAGUGGUGUAGAUUCAGGAGUUGUAUCUGUGAUUAAUGCUGCUGCUUCACACUUGGAAGAGUUAGGAUGCAUUGUCAAAGAGGUGUCAUUGCCAUCAUUUUCCCUUGGGUUACCAGCCUAUUAUAUUCUGGCAUCAUCUGAAUCAUCAUCAAACCUGUCACGUUAUGAUGGUGUAAGGUACGGGAGCCAAGCAGUUGCUGAUGAGUUGAGUUCUUUAUAUGGUGUUUCUCGAGCUGAGGGUUUUGGCUCUGAGGUCAAGAGGAGAAUCCUCAUGGGAACAUAUGCCUUAUCUGCUGGUUAUUAUGAUGCGUACUACAAGCGUGCUCAGCAGGUUAGGACUAUCAUCCAGAAAAGCUUCAAGGCUGCGUUGGAUGAAAAUGACAUCCUUAUUUCUCCUGCAGCCCCUUCAGCUGCUUACAAAAUUGGUGAAAAGAAGAACGAUCCUUUGGCUAUGUAUGCUGGAGACAUAAUGACAGUGAAUGUUAACUUGGCUGGUCUACCUGCAUUAGUAUUACCAUCUGGAUUUGUUGAUGGAGGACCCUCCGGCCUUCCUGUUGGUCUUCAGAUGAUUGGUGCAGCAUUUGAUGAGGAAAAAUUGCUCAAGGUCGGGCACAUCUUUGAACAGACCCUUCGCAGUCAUAGAUUUGUCCCUCCAAUCAUUGAGGAUGACAACACGUGCUAGUUUCUCUAAUUUAUAAGGGUGACAACCAAAAGCUAGUGGAUUGAAUAUCAAGGUUGUGCUUAUGGGAGGAUGAAGUUUGAAGGCAAUGAGACGACUUUGGUAGAAGUCUGUGAGGGUGAAUUCAAUUUAUGUGCCGCUUGCCCCUCUGCCUUUGUACUGCCAAGUGGGACGCGGCACAGUUGAGUUUGCACGGGAGACAUGUGCCCAGUUUUCGCCCCCUCACAUUUGAAGGACUCAAGGUUGAGAUGGGUCAGUGAUGAAUGCAAAUACUAUCUUUGAUAAAGACGAUGGCCAUCCCUGCCAUUAUCUUAGCAAACCUCAUAGAUUAGCACCAAUCAUUAGGGACUGGUAUAUUGUUGUAAUUCUUUUCUUUAAUAAAGACUCGCCUGUUUUUCUUUU